UAGCAGUUGUUCAACAUGAGCUUCAAGAACAAAGUGGUCCUUAUUACCGGAGGCAGUGCCGGCAUCGGUGCAGCCACUGCCAUCCAAUUCGCGAAGGAUGGAGCUAACAUUGCUAUAGUCGGCCGAAACGAAGCUAAUCUGAAAAAAGUAGCGCAGCGCUGCGAACAACUUGGAGCCCCAACCCUGAUAAUCAAGGCAGAUGUGGCUAACGAUGCAGAAGCGAACACUAUUGUCAAAAAAACAGUUGAAAAGUUUGGCAAACUUGAUGUUCUGGUUAACAACGCUGCUAUUUUGAAGAAUACUACAUUAGCGAGCCCUGAUGUGAUGAAAAUCUACGAUGAAGUGACUGGUAUUAACUUGCGGGCCAUCAUACAUCUGACAAGUUUAGCGGCUCCACACUUAGCGAAGACGAAAGGGAACAUUAUCAAUAUAUCAAGCAUACUAGCUACGACAUACGUCCAAGCUUCUCAGUUGAUGAUGUACUGUAUUUCUAAGGCUGCCCUAAAUCAUUUCACCAUUGGAGCUGCCUUAGAGCUGUCGGCUUAUGGCGUGAGGGUGAACAUCGUCAGUCCUGGGCCUGUUCGUACUGAUAUGCUCAUGGGCUUGGAGACAGAUAAAGUCUGGGAGAACAAUGUGAAUGCUACAGCUCUGCACAGGAUUUCAGAGCCUGAAGAAGUGGCUGAUGUUAUCAUGUUUUUGGCAAGUGAUAAGGCGAAAGGUGUGACUGGCUCUAAUUAUGGUGUAGACAAUGGUGUGUUGUUGAAGUUCUAAGUUUUUAAAAGUAUUAAUCGAUAAGGAAAAUUGUGUAAUUUACCAGUGCCAAGGAAAUACAUUGUGUUUGUUUAUCUGUUCUAUAACGUUUAUAGCAGUCAAUAUAUAAGGUAUUUACAUUUGAUAAUAGAAAAAAAUGUGUGUUCUACAUUUUACCUGUUUAACCUAAAACAUACAGUACAUAUAUAUGUUGUUUAUAUACUCAAAUGUAUUUUGUCUUCGAGAAAUAAAUUAAUAUUCAUUGUUUUGUA